GCCAUCCAAACAAGCCAAGAAAUGGAGCUCUUCCCUUCUCAAGUAUAUCGAAGCAUCCAGCACUACUGGCGCAGAAGAGCCAAUAGAGGACUGGAGGGUUCAUCGUCACCGAGCAAGAAGGUGAGGUUGGUGGCUAGGCUUGGGGGAGAAAGCCGAAGCACCAAAAGUCGGCGAGCAUGGAAACUGAAGUCGGCGAUGCGGCCGAUUCCAAGGCUUCGCAUAAAGGUGCUUUCGCCACUCCGGCUUCUGGCUCGGAUGAGGGAUGCAUAUAUGGAUGCAAUGCUGGCGUUGGCUGGUGGAGGAGGUCGGCCGUCGGCAUUGAAUAAGAGCAGGAGUGUUUCAGAUGGGCGGUGGGAGAGGAGGAUCCCAAAGGCUCGUCAGAUGAGUGCAAGAAGAGGAGACUUCGAGAGGAGGUUGAUGAUUCAUAUAUACAACGCACUUGUUGCUCCUCCAGAGGUGCCCGGCAAUCAUAGUGUCAACUAGGUGUUAGGUGUCUGCACCAAUUUGUGGGAAGUAAAACUCGGGUACCAUUUGAGAACCCCGGAAAGCUUUUUUACCUUUUCUUCCUCCUUUUCAUGUAAAUUUAUUAGGUGUGUCUGUUUGCAUGUAAUGUAAAUCACACCUAAGUUGAGUUGCUGUAAUUUUCCUUUUGCAAUGUUAUGUUCUUCCAAUUUGUAUAUUA